UGUAUAAAUAAAUUUGAGUAGGUCAUCCCUGAUAAUAGGCAAUAAAUUUACAUGUCAAUCAUGAGCGCAAUGAUCGGUCAAUUUUUGAAGAGCAACAAGCUAAACUACAAAAGAUUCAGGAGCUUACGAAUAUGUUAAAGGACACUGAUAAAAACUUAACAAUAUGCGAGGAAAUACUGAUAACUUACUUGAGGAAACGAUUGAAGAUAUAAAUGGCGUCGAAUGCAGGAACUAUUCGUUUUCAAAUUCGGCCAAAGUAGAAAAAAUCUCUCCUACGAGAAGCAUUGAAAAUAACAAGGAAAAUCUGACUAAAGUGGAAAAAUAUCGAGACAAACGUGCAUUGGGUUUAAUUUUGUCAGGCUUAGCUCAGAUCUUUGGAUACACUCCAACUCCAAUACAAUUGGCCACACUUCCAAAUCCAGUUAAAUCUGACAAUAAUCCCGGUGCAUCUGGGAACAAUCAAAGUUCUUUUAUGCCACCGAUGAUGCUACCUUUAAAUUUGCCUAAUCAAGUUGCCUUACGUUCUUCCACUCAGGCAGCAAUGCCAAUUUCGACAACAACGGCACAACCCAGACCAAAAGAAACUAUCAGAUUUACCGGUGUUGUCAAUUUUGGUAAUAGAUCCGACGUGGUUGGACAUUUGCAACAAUACGAAAGAAUAUUUCACGGUAGUCAAACAACAAAUCCUCCUGCAUCAUCGUCAUCAACAUCAUCAUCGAUUCCUAUACUUUCAUCGACAACCCCAUCAUCUUUUAGUACAAUGUCAUCGUUUGAUGUAAGAGAAUCAUUGAAAUAUAGGCCACCUUUGUUAUCUCCAUACUUGGUCAAAAUCCCUUUACCGAUCGCACCUAAUCUUCCACCUCCGAUAUCACCGACAACGAAGAUUAAUUUUUCUAUUAAAAAUACGAACAUACCGCGUAGGAAGGAACAAGAAAUUGUUUAUAGAAAGAAUGAGAAUAUAGAAAAUUAUAACGUGGAAAAUAAAAAGAUACAAAGUGAGAAGGAUGUAGCUAUACCGGAAAAUAAAUUUCAACAUAACAUUUAUAUCGGCGAACCUUAUUGGAAAAAGUUGCACGAGGAAAGAAUAACUCAGUUGGAACGUAAACAGCAAGAAUGUGCUGAGAAAUUAAAGGAACGAGAGAAAGAACGAAAUCAUAUUUAUCGCAAUGAGAAUGAUUCUAAACAGAGAGUAAUAGGAAGAGAGAGAGAACGAAAUCAUGAUUAUCAAAAAGAGGAUCAUUCUGGACAAAAGGAAGGAUUGAGGGAUCGUGAAAAUGAUGAUGGUGAUGAUCGUGAACGAGAGUAUUCUUCGAAUAUUAAAGAAGAUGGAACGCAUGGAAAUAAUGAAGACGAAGAGUCUGAAAAUUCACGCGAACCAUACGAAGAACAACAUCCAGGCUAUCCAAGGGAAGGUCCUACGAAUGAAAAGCAAAAAAAUAUCGAAGAUUAUGACGAUUACGACGAAGAUGAUUCUUAUAAAAAUGACGAACGAAAAGAAAAUUUAAAAGAACCGGGCACGAAAGUUUACGAUAAUAAUUAUACCAAUGUGAAUUACGAUAAACCAUUACCGAUAAGUGAUUAUUAUGAAAAAGAGAGACCACCCCAACAGCUUCGUGAUAGUUACGGUGAAAUUGUAGACAAUCGUGCUUUGGUCGACGAGAGGAUCGCUAAUUAUUACGGCGAUGUUAAGAAUCAACAAACUAUACCUCAGGAUUCUCCAAACAUUUCUGAUUUUAUCGAGGAAUCUGAAGAGAAGUACGAGGGAAGGCCCGAAUCUAAAAAUGAUAAGCAAAUUAACGAAGAUCUAUAUAAAAAGCUCAGAGAGGAAUAUGCGAUUAUACCAUUAGAAAAUAAAUACGAAGAGUAUAAUUUAGAAAAUAACGAUCAAUCGGAAAAAGAUAUUAAAAAUGAAUCGGAAAAUCCGAAAUACGAGAAUGAUUCAACUUCGAAUAAAAAUGACCCAAUUCAAAAUAGCGAAUCAACUCCAUUCGUAGAUAAGACUAAUUCUAACGAAUUGAAAAUUAAGAAGGUAAGUAACAUUCGUAAUAAUGUCAUUCCGAUAAAAAAUAAAUCAUUUAACGAAUUUGCUUUCGUUAAAAACUCGCCAUACAUUUUACCAAUUCGAUAUGUUUACGGACCAGACGAACUUGAAGAAGCUAAAACGCGUCGUUUCCAUUCCGAAAAAGUCACGAAAGAAGAAGAUCAUUCUAGUAACAUCGACGCAAGGAGUACAACCGAUGAGAAAAAAUCACAAAAAAAGAAAUUGAAUGCCGAGGACCUAACUCCUAAAAUAGGUCUUCCAGAAAGAUUAACUGAGAAAAAAUUGCACGAAGGGGAGAGGAAAGAACUUCAAAUUUGGCCUGCACCAUUUGACUUUGUUUUUGAUAGUACCGAACAAACAAACGUGCUCGUUCCUGUGAUUAUGAAAGAAAAAUCAAGAGAAAAUAUAUAUCAUUCACCUGUUAUUCCUACUCGUACAAUGAUCUAUGAACAAAAUCCGAAUACUUUAAGAUACCUUGCACCAUUUGUACCAAUGCACUAUAGGACCCAUCAGCAGCCUACAUUUUAUCUUAAUAAAAGAUUUAUAUCGUAAAAAAAGAAAUUCUAAAUCAUCAAUCAGAUUUAUAAUAAUUUAGAAGAAAGAAGAAAUAUAUUACAAUAUAAUUAAUAUAAUAAUUUUAUGUUCUUUGAUCACUCACGAUAUGUUAUGUUGUAUAGAUUGUUUAAAUAAAUCUAAAUUGUUAUUAUAAACGUAAUAUUAUUAUUAACAUUGUUCCUUCCCUCGAAACAUAAUAUACAUAUAAUUAUAUAUAAUUCGUCGUUUGUUCCUAUUAAUAA